AUGGCGGCUACGGAGGCCUCGAAGUUUGAGCAAGAUUUGAUCGACAUGAGCCAGGCAACCCCACACAAAUCCUCGUCGGAGGACCAAACCUGGGAAAGACCCUCGUUGCCAUUAGACUUCGAUCCGCGCACCACCGACGUGCACUUCCAGCAAUUGGAUGCAGAAGAGACUACUAUUGGUGCCGCAUCGGGGAUCAGAUUCUUUGGCGUGACACCGGAGGGCCACUCGAUCUUGUGCAAUGUCACCGGAUUUAUGCACUAUUUGUACGUCCCGGCGCCGCGCAGCUUUCACAACGACCUCCUCCCGGCGUUCGUGGCGUAUCUCAAGAACAACUACGUGGGGAUCCACGGUGUGGAGAUGCAUCAGAAGGAAAGCAUCUGGGGGUUUAACGAUAAUGUGAAGACUCCAUUCCUCAAGGUAAUUGUGGACAAUCCCAAGUGCAUCGCCAAGGUCAGGGCUGGGUUCGAACGAGGUGAGAUUCACUUCCAGAACUUGUUCCCGCCCAACUGCAUGACCUACGACAACCUCCAGUACUUGUUGAGAAUGAUGGUAGACACCAAGAUCACGGGAAUGUCGUGGGUGACGAUGCCUAAGGGUGAGUACGAGGUGAUUCCUGAGGCUGCCAAGGUCUCGCACUGCCAGAUCGAGGCCGAUAUUCACUUUUCCAAAUUGGUCAGCCACCAACCAGAUGGCGAGUGGUUGAAGACCGCGCCGUUGCGAAUCUUGUCGUUUGACAUUGAGUGUGCCGGGCGCAAGGGGAUCUUCCCUGAACCCCAGUACGACCCCGUUAUCCAGAUUGCCAAUGUGGUGUCGGUCAGCGGUUCCUCUAAGCCGUUCAUCCGCAAUGUCUUUACCGUCGAUACGUGCUCCCCGAUAGUGGGGUCGCAGAUCUUUGAACACCAGGACGAGCGCGAUAUGUUGAUGGCGUGGUGCGACUUUAUCGUGCGCGCGGAUCCUGACGUCAUCAUCGGCUAUAACACUGCCAACUUCGAUUUGCCGUAUCUUCUCGAUAGGGCCCGGCACUUGGGAGUCAAGAACUUUCCGUACUUUGGGCGGCUCAAAAACGUGAAACAGGAGGCGAAAGACAGCGUGUUUUCCUCCAAGGCCUACGGGACGAGAGAGUCGAAAGUGAUCAACAUCGAAGGGCGCAUGCAGUUGGAUUUAUUGCAGUUUAUCCAGAGAGAGUACAAGUUGCGGUCGUACACGUUGAACUCGGUGUCGGCGCAUUUCUUGGGCGAGCAGAAAGAGGAUGUACAGCACUCGAUUAUCACAGACUUACAGAACGGUAACAGUGAGACCAGAAGACGAUUAGCGGUGUAUUGCUUGAAGGAUGCCUACCUCCCGUUGCGGUUGCUCGAGAAGCUCAUGUGUUUGGUGAACUACACCGAAAUGGCGAGAGUAACCGGUAUUCCGUUCUCCUUCUUGCUCACCAGAGGGCAGCAGAUCAAGGUUAUUUCCCAGCUCUUCCGCAAGUGCCUUGAGUUGGACAUUGUGAUUCCAAACUUGAAGCAGGAGGGGGGGAACGAGGAGUACGAGGGUGCCACGGUCAUCGAGCCGAUCAGAGGUUACUACGACGUGCCGAUCGCAACGUUGGAUUUCGCGUCGUUGUAUCCGUCCAUCAUGAUGGCCCACAACUUGUGCUACACUACGUUGUUGAAUAAGCCCACGAUUGACCGGCUCAACUUGAAGGAAGGUGAUGACUACACUUUGAGCCCUAAUGGGGACUGUUUCGUGAAGCCGCACAAGCGCCAGGGUAUCUUGCCAACCAUCUUAACCGAGUUGUUGGGUGCGAGAAAGAAAGCCAAGCAGGACUUGAAGAAGGAGACGGACCCGUUCAAAAAGGAUGUGUUAAACGGGAGACAGCUCGCAUUGAAGAUCUCUGCCAACUCGGUUUAUGGUUUCACCGGUGCCACCGUUGGGAAGCUUCCGUGCUUGGCCAUCUCCUCCUCCACUACCGCCUUCGGCAGAGUGAUGAUUGAGAAAACAAAGAACGAGGUUGAGGAGCGGUAUUCCAUCAAAAACGGAUACACAUACGACGCCCAGGUCAUUUACGGUGACACUGAUUCCGUCAUGGUCAAGUUCGGCCAUGACGACUUGAAAACGUGCAUGGAGAUGGGUGAGGAGGCCGCGAAGUACGUCUCGACAAAGUUUAUUACGCCCAUCAAAUUGGAGUUUGAGAAGGUGUAUUUCCCGUACUUGUUGAUCAACAAGAAGCGGUACGCCGGUUUGUACUGGACAAACACCAAGAAAUAUGACAAGAUGGACACUAAGGGGAUCGAGACCGUCAGAAGAGACAACUGUCGCUUGGUGCAGAACGUUAUCACCCGUGUGUUGGAGUUCAUCUUGCAGGAGCGAGACGUCACGGGGGCAGAGCGCUUUGUUAAGAAAACCAUUGCCGAUUUGUUGCAGAACCGAGUCGAUUUGUCCCAGCUAGUCAUUACAAAGGCCUAUUCCAAGGUUGACUACGCCGGCAAGCAGGCCCAUGUCGAGUUGGCAGAGAGAAUGAGAAAGCGUGACGCGGGGUCCGCUCCUGCCUUGGGUGACCGUGUGGCCUAUGUUAUCAUCAAGACGGCUGGCGACAAGAACUGGGAAAAGUCUGAAGACCCGUUGUACGUGUUAGAGCAUGCUCUUCCGAUUGACACCAAGUACUACUUGGAGAACCAGUUGGCCAACCCGUUGAUGCGUAUUUUCGAGCCCAUAUUGGGAGAGAAGCGCGCAAAGGAGUUGCUUCACGGUACCCACACCCGUGUCAUCAAGAUGGCUGCCCCCGCAAAGAUGGGUGGUUUGAUGCGCUUUGCCAAGAAAACCGAGACGUGCAAGAGCUGUAAGACCCCGUUGUCUGACUCGGACACCAGCGGGUUGUUAUGCCAGAACUGUUUACCAAAGGCCGGUGAGUAUUACAGUGAGGCGUUGGCCAAUAUGAACAACUUGGAAACCAAGUUUUCGCGUCUCUGGACCGAAUGUCAGAGAUGUCAGGGAUCCUUACACCAAGAUGUGUUGUGUUCCAAUAAGGAUUGUCCGAUCUUUUACAUGCGCAAGAAGGCCCAGUUGGAUGCCAGCACCCUGGCGAAGGAUUUGCAGAAGUGGGCAGACACCUUGUGGUGA